GUAUGGCUGUGCCCUGUGGCGGAGGCGUGGCUUGGCCUGGGGCGUGGCCCCGCGGGGGCGUGGCCGUGCCGUAUUUCCGGUGUGUCCCGGUCCGUCCCGCGCUGUUCCGGUCUGUCCGGCGCUCCCCGCUGUUCGUGUCCCGCAGUUCGACUCGGUCGCUCCGCUGCUCCCGGCGGUGGCGGGCGCUCUGCGGGCCCGGGCCGUGCCCGCGGCCAUGUCGGUGUUCGUGACGCGGCGGAUCCCCGCCGAGGGGCUGCGGGUGCUGUCCGAGGCCAGCGGGGUCUCGGUGCAGCAGUGGGACUCGGAGGAGCCGGUGCCGCGGGCCGCGCUGCUGGCGGGCGUGGCGGGGGCGCGGGGGCUGCUGUGCCUGCUGUCGGACCGCAUCGACCGCGAGGUGCUGGACGCGGCCGGGCCCGGUCUCAAGGUCAUCAGCACUUUGUCCGUGGGCUUCGACCACCUGGCGCUCGACGAGAUCAAGAAGCGGGGGAUCCGGGUGGGCUACACGCCGGACGUGCUGACGGACGCCACGGCCGAGCUGUCGGUGGCCCUGCUGCUGUCCGCCUGCCGCCGCCUGCCCGAGGCGGCCCAGCAGGUGCGCAGCGGCGGCUGGACCACCUGGAAGCCGCUCUGGAUGUGCGGCCACGGCCUGUCCGACAGCACCGUGGGCAUCGUCGGGCUGGGCAGGAUAGGACAGGCAGUUGCCCGGCGCCUGAAGCCCUUUGGGGUCAGGAAGUUCCUGUACACUGGCAGUGGCCCAAAACCAGAAGCUGCAGCAGAGUUUGGGGCUGAAUUUGUCCCGCUGGCCAGGCUGGCUGAGGAGUCAGACUUCGUGGUGGUGACCUGUGCCCUGACCCCAGCCACCCAGGGCAUGUGCAACAAGGACUUCUUUGGCAGGAUGAAGAAGACUUCUGUGUUUGUCAACACCAGCAGGGGGGCUGUGGUGAACCAGGAGGACCUGUACACAGCACUGGCCAGUGGCCAGAUCGCAGCCGCCGGCCUGGACGUCACCACCCCGGAGCCACUGCCCACUGACCACCCCCUGCUGUCCCUCGAGAACUGUGUGAUCCUGCCGCACAUCGGGAGCGCCACGUACGCCACCAGGAGCACCAUGGCCGUGCUGGCAGCCAGGAACCUGCUGGCCGGGCUGCGAGGGGAGCCCAUGCCCCACGAGCUGCAGCUGUGAUGGCCAGCCCUGCUGGAGCCAAAGCUGGGGUGGCCAGCCCUGCUCUGCAGCGCCGUGGGACAGAGCGCCAGCCGGUGUCCCCUCCCCUGCCGUGGCCAGCAGCAUUAAAGAGCAGCAGCCAACA